AUGUCGGACCAAGUGGUACAAGAAGCAUUAGGUUGGGCUUGUCAUCAGAGCGAAGCAUACUGUAGCAGGAUUCAGCUUGGGCAAAAUUGUUACUCGCCCAACACUCUCAGGGACCACGCCUCUGUUGUCUUCAAUACUUACUACCAGCAUAACAAGAACCAAGCCGGUUCUUGUGAUUUUCAUGGUGCUGCAGUGUUCACCCACACCGAUCCUACGAAAAGCGGAGGACCAUGGUGUGUAGCCAAUCCUAAGAUGUCGGACCAAGUGGUACAAGAAGCAUUAGGUUGGGCUUGCCAUCAGAGCGAGGCAUACUGUAGCAGGAUUCAGCUUGGGCAAAAUUGUUACUCGCCCAACACUCUCAGGGACCACGCCUCUGUUGUCUUCAAUACAUACUACCAGCAUAACAAGAACCAAGCCGGUUCUUGUGAUUUUCAUGGUGCUGCAGUGUUCACCCACACCGAUCCUAGUAAGAAACUUUUUCUAAGCCAUGUUGUUUAUUAG